AUGCAUUUGAGUGAUUGGAUAAUCAUUCCUCAACCAAAUCAAGUAUUUAGCUAAUUUUAAUUACUUAGAUGACCAAAAUCAUAACACUAAAAUGUUUUGAUAUUAGAGGUGAUGUACCAUAAUCAGUCACCAAUCAAUAUACAAAGUUGUAAUCAGACAUGAUGAAAGCAGCAGUAAAUAUAUUGUACUUAAUUAUAAAUGAGAAUUCAUCAUAUAUAAUUAUUUAUUAAACAUUAUGCAUCAUACAAUUUUUUCACGUUUUAGGGGUAACUUUAACAAUAAGAAUGA